ACCAUGACAAAGCUGAUCGGCUUAAUCGUCAUUUUAAGCGUCUGUGCUGUGGCAUUGGCGGAAGACGAUCCAUUCGCGCUGCCGCCCGUGGCGUACCUUUGCCGGUUUUACAGCAACGGUGAAAAAAGAUGCCAGAAGAAAUGCACCUAUGCAUCGAAAGCGGACAGAGAUAAACUACUCAACGACCGCCCGGCGUCUAAUGAUAUCCCUCAAAAACGACUGAACGAUGAAAAGAACACUCCGCUCUUUUUUUACAAGUGCAGCGAUCCACCCGUCACCUCCAACGGGGAUGUCAUAUCCAAACAACAAUUCGCGUCCGCGUUUGAUGAUGCUUUGAGGGACGCGCCCCAGAACAAAAAGACAUACUUGGGGACCUGUAUUUUAAACAACGAUUUAGGCAGGAACUGGAGUUGCCGCGGUGUAUCCAUUGAUAACGAUGCCGGGAAAACGUACAUUGGAGGACUGGCAACCUCCGGUUACGAGCACCGUGAUAAGGGAAAGCCAUCGUGGAAAGUGACUGCAAAUGGCGAUGUACAGUUUGUGGACAAUGAUGAAUGAUUCCGGCAGUUACAUUCAGUUUCCAUUGAUGCGAUGGUAUACCCGAUUUGCAGCCU